AUGGGGAUUGAAGCACCUAUCCCUCCCUCAGGACAAGAUGUCAGUUCUGUCCGAUCCGCUCUUCCACUCGAUAAACUGGUCCCAUACCUGGAAAAGAACAUAGAUGGGUUCAAGGGUCCUGUCGACGUGAAACAGUUCAAGUCAAAUCCUACUUAUCUACUCACACCUUCUUCGCCAUCCUUAUCACUUGUCCUUCGUAGAGCGCCUUCCGGUCCACUAUUAUCACCUACAGCUCAUCGAGUGGAUCGAGAAUACCUUAUUCUAGCAGCGUUGAAUCGGUACAAUACCACGGUACCUCCAUCUCAUGCUGUCCCGGUACCUAAAGUGUAUUGCCUCUGCGAGAACAAAGAUGUCGCCGGAGCUGCUUUUUACGUUAUGGAAUAUAUCAAGGGAAGGGUAUUUACUGAUGUAAGACUGCAAGGAUUAAAAAAGGAGGAACGAUGGGAAUGUUGGAAAUCAGCUAUUGAUACCCUCACGCGUCUAUCAACCAUCCCACUCUCAUCUUUGAAUCUACCAUCAUCAUUCGCUCCUUCACCGAUUGAGAAACCUUACUUCCCAAGACAAGUCAACUCGCUCCUGAAGGUGUCUUCGGCUCAAAGUAAUGCCAAACACAAAGAUACAGGAGAGGUACUAGGACCUAUAUGGGGUACUGAUGAGAUGAGAGAUUGGUUCCAGCAAGGUGCUAAGAGAGUUACUGAGCUGGAAAGGGAGAGAGGGGGUGGUGGAGUUGUUCAUGGUGAUUACAAAAUGGAUAAUCUGAUAUACCAUCCUACAGAACCUAGAGUUAUUGGUAUAUUAGAUUGGGAGUUAUGUACGUUAGGAUCCCCAUUAGCAGAUUUAGGUAAUCUGUUAUUACCCUUCUCCUUUUCACCUAUAUCAUCCAAACAACGGCAAGAAAUGAGUUCCAGUCUAGGAGGUGAGAAAAGAGAUGAUAUGACUCUAUUGCUUGGUUUAAAAGGAUUAUUAAGUUCACAAAGUGGAAUUCCGCAAAGAGAAGAAUUGGAGGAUUUGUGGGUAAAAGGUAUGAAUUCAGGCUUGGAAUAUCAUCAACAACCUGGGAAAUGGGAAUUGCCUAUACCAGGAAUGGCAUGGGUGAGAUCAUGGAUAUUGUUCAGGUUAGCCAUUAUAGCUCAAGGUAUAGCAGCAAGAGCAGCGUUAGGUCAAGCUAGUUCUGCAGAUGCAAGAGCUGAUAGUAGGCCCGUAUUCGACUUCUUCGGUAAAAUGGCUUGGGAAGUUAAAAUUGAAGAUGAACGGGAAGGUAGAUCAAAACUGUAA